GGUUCCUCCCACUUCCCAUGUCGGACGUGCUGGCCGCGGCCGUUGGUAGCCGGGUGGAAGCUUCAGCGGCCGAGGGCUUAGGAAGCAGCGGCGGCGGCAGCGGCCACGGUUGCCUUGGAGGGGCAGAAAGCGACGAGGAGAAGCGCCUGUCGUCGCCGCUUCCGCCUUCUUCAGAGAAUGAAGGUUCAGCUCACUGGUCAGAACCUGCAUCCCAAACAGCUACCACUGAAGGAGAUGAAUGUUUGCCAUGCAGGCUGCAGAAUGCAUCUGCUAUAAAUGCAGAUACAACAAAGGAUUCUGAAGGUGCUGGUGAUAAUCUGAAGGAGCAAGAUGUAGCAGGAAAGAAGAGCCUGACUAAGCCACAAAAAGAGGAAGCUGUAGCACCAGUGACGAAGUAUCCUCUCCCGCAAGGACCUGGUGAUAUAGUCAUGAUACAAUCUGAAUACACAGGUGCAGUGGAUGUCCUCUCAGCCGAGCUGGAAACUACAGACUUGCUGGGUGAGCAGAAGAAAGCUCGUCCACCUCCUUUGAUACCACCCACUACCUGGACAAGCUCCAAGAUAAGAGAGUUCAAAAUGAAGAUGGCAAAGGAAAAGAAUUCCCGAAUGGUGGUGAAACGGGGUGAGGUCUUAACAGUCCGGGUGCCAACUCACCCUGAUGGAAAGCGUGUCUGCUGGGAGUUUGCCACAGAAGAUUAUGAUAUUGGCUUUGGGGUCUAUUUUGAUUGGACCUCUAUUACUAGUACUGCCAUUACUGUGCAGGUCAGUGAAUCAAGUGAUGAAGAAGAUGAAGAUGAAGAGUUUGAAGGACCUAUUCCUGUGGGUGAUGUUGAAAGGGGCUCGAGAAGCUAUUUGCGAAACCGUUAUGGAGAGAUCAUGCCUGUUUACCGAAGAGACAGCCACCAGGAAGUACAGAUAGGUAGUCAUAAUUACCCAGGUGAAGGCAUCUAUUUGCUGAAAUUUGACAACUCCUACUCUCUCCUACGCAACAAGAUUCUCUUCUUCCAUGUCUAUUAUACCAGCUAAAUGGGUUUUUCAAACGGAUGAGACACAAGGCACCAAAGUUACCAUUUGAUGGCAAAAUCUUGUACUGAUUUCUAUGUUUAUUGCACAUGACUUCUUUCUACUAUACCAUCCUGUUAAGGUGGUAAAAGCAAUCACAGGCAGAUCCUCUGUCUUCUAGGCAGACACCAUGUUGGGAUUUAACUUGCAGCAAGCAAGCUACUGGACACAUGGUUCAAACAUCUGCUUUUCUUUUCUAUCACACUUACAUGAACUGAAGUUGAAAUAUGUCUUUUCUUUCUAGAUAAAUAUAUUAUCACCCUACUGACUGCAAAGAAUGGAAUUACUGCCAAAACAGCCUGUACAAUUGUGUUCUAGAACUGUGUUUUUAAUGUGAUGUGGUACACUGCCAUUUGCUUUGUCUUUGGGGAUCUUUGAAAUAGAAUGCAUAUAUGCCAUCCAUGUUAUUGCCAGACUGGUUCCUUUCUUCUGGUUCCAGAAACUGUGACAUGUUCACUGCAAAGUACAGCUGGCGCUUGUUUGCUGGAUUUCCUUCUUUCGCUGCAUGGGUUCUCUCUCUCUACAGGGAACAAAAUAACCAUGGGAGAAGGAAGCAUGAACGAGAUAAUUCUGCUUUUGGAAAAUAGUGAAGAAAGUUAUUACUAGAAAGGUUCUCCCCUAUCCCUCCCACACAUCUUUAUAGACACAAUGUGCUACUAUAUCGGUUGAUACAUUUGUAUGAAUUCAGUGUAGCUUUAGGUAAAUUGGAACAGCACUAAAUUUCUUAACAAGUGGAUGCCUAGGGCCACAGUCCCUUGUUUCAAGUGACAUUUUUGGUUAAGCUUUUGAAAUAAACUUCACUUCAGGAAGACAUUAACACUGGGAAAAUAAAAAUUUUCUGCUGCUCUGCUCUUCUUAUAUAGUUAUAUAUUUUAACUUUCUGUGUUUUUCCUAUGCUUAAUUGGGUGCCCCACAGCAAGAAUUCUACCCAAAAGAAGACUUUUCUACCCAUGUCUCUGAGUAUCUAGCACCCAAGCUCAACCAUGCACAAGAUAAUACAGCAUAAGAAAAUGUUGCUGAAGAAUGUGAUAACCCUCUCUGUCAAGUCUGCUUGAUUACUGACCUCCAAGUCCUUUUGCUGAUUCAGUAAAUUUUUCUGGAGUGUGGUAUGGUGCCAAAAAAUGGGGACUAUUUUUUAAUCCAUUCAUUGUUUAGAAUCUCACAUCUUUAAGCAGUAAAUAUAUAACCUAUAUAGUUAUUCAGACUUCAACACUGGUCUUGAAUGCAGCAUAGGUAGCACAACCCCUGGUUCCUCUUCAGAGCACUUGCAUCACCUGUCAUUCAUCGCUCAGGUGUUACAGGAUGUAUGUUCAGCAGAAGACUUAUAUAUGUAUUUAUUAAGAAUUUAGAUGCAAAUUUGAGUAUGCCUUUCAAAGCAGCUGCUGCCUAUAUUGUUUUGUCUGAUGUGUAUUCUUGUCUUUGUGUAUGAUUGUAGCAAACGUUCACGGUUUGUAGUGAAUUUUUGGAGACCUUCCUGGAGAAUUUGUUGUUAAUACAGUUUUAGUAAUGGGAGGCCUACAGCCAAAGAAUCUGCCUUCUAAAUAGAUUGUCAUUCCCUAAAAAAUGCUGUGUUAAGUGCUUUCCUUGGCAAGGCAAAUUACAUAGUUAGAAAAGGAAAUAUGGAAAGGGAUGGCACAAUUAUUUCUAGUUAAAGUUAUUUCGAGGAAGAAACAGUUUAAUAAAUAAAAAACAAAGACUUUCAAAGAAAUUUAGACAGGUAUUAUACAUUUUAAAGGGGGGCAGGUGAAGAUACACUUACCAAAUUUGUUUUUAUGCAACGCAAAAUUAGAAGGACACACACACAGUAAAAUCAUUUUAGGUUAAUAGCACGAGAAGCACAGACUAUUAAAAUGGCAAAGUUUGCUUGGUUUUUAAAAAAAGGAAUGAUGGGCAUUUCAGUAGCAACAAAAGUGGAACUGCAUUUUUCUUUUCCAUAAGUAACCGCAACAGAUACUUCUUCAAAGUAGUCUUGGAAAGCCUUCCAAAAGACUAUCUUGAUCUCCUGGCUGUAUAACUAGGAAGCAGAUUUUAAACAACCUUCCUAUUCUGAAAUAUUAUUUAUUCCCUUUUUAAAUUGUUACUCAGAUAAUUUUCCCUUAAUCUCUUGACUUUCCACCCUAGACAGAAUGUACAUAGUUCACUGUGCAUUUUCACUAUAAGAACUCUGCUUUAUUUAGUUCUUCAGAAAAGAAAGGGAGCUUAUAUAUAUCGAAUGUGCACAUUUAUUUGUUAUUAACAACAUAGUUGUUUUAAAGUCUGGUUUCUUUUUUACCUCCAGAAAAAUAAGAAUAGUUCUUUGGAGCAAAAUAAUUCUUUAUCUAGUGUUUACACCACAGUGGCUGAAAUCUAGCAGUAAGUUGCAACUAGUGGGCAUUUGGGGAGUCAAAACCUGUAUAAACUCUAUUUAUUCCAGGUUUAUUCCAGUUUUGACUUGCUACUGGAUUUCAGACAAUGUCUGCUUACAGACUUCAUACAUGAAGUUAAUUUUGCCUGUUCUGUCUGAAAAUCUAGAAAGCAGGAUUUCCUUCUAUCUAGAAAUAGUUGAUUUUGGAAAAGAAAAUACAGUUUGAAAGUGGAACAAGACAGAACUUGUAGUAGGUUUCAACUAAGUAAAUAUGUUCUGUGCAAUUUGGUUUCAACUCUGUUCUUGAGCAAUGAAUUUAAAAUGGUCUCUUUCUUAGAAACUUUUUGUCCAUAGCCAAAAAUGUACUGUAAAGUUUAAAAUAAAGUUGAAGAUUAAUACCAUAACAUAUUAGACCCAGGACAUGGAUUGUACUUUGUAUAAAGCUUUUUGUGCUUCAUAAUAUAUAUCUACUGAUGAGCAGCAGGUAUUUUUUAGUCCAAGGACCUUGAGUAAUGUAUCUGCAUGAAGGUUCUAGGUAGUCUUUUGUUGACAUACAGUACUGACUAGGCUUACACCUGCUAUGUUGUAGAGAUGAUAUCAAGUUAAAUGUUGCAAUAGAUGACCUUUCUUCUUGUAAUUAAUGAAGAAAGAGCAAUAAAAAUCUACAUGUGCUUUUUCAUUACAGACUCAAAAUCCCUCUAGGCUCCUAAUGUUGGCAAGUUAAUUCUAUGGGCAAUAUCUAAGGCAAACAAACAUCCAUAUGGAAUCAACACAAGUACCUUUUCA